AACGACUAAAUCCCUUAUCCAGCCGCUGCAUUCGGUUUUUAACAGCCUAAAGCAUCGGCCGAACCGAUAUUCCACAGGCCGAACUAAAAAGCAUGGAGGAGGCGGCAGGUGGGAUGACGAUGCUGCAGCAGCAACAACAACACGGGGCUUCGAGUCCUCUCUUCCCCGACCACCCGCCGCUGCCGCUGCCGCUGCCAACGCCGCCGUCGCAGUUGCACUUGAAGCCCCCCGCCGCGCCUAGAUCUCUCGGCGAACCCUUCCACUACCGCUCCCGCUCCCAGCCUGCGGCCUGCUUCUCCUUCGACUCCUCGCCCACCACCUCCCUCUCCGACUCCCUCUCCAUGGACGACCACGACAUCGCCCAGGUCGCCACCGCCGACAACGACCUUCCGCCUCGCGUGGCCCACCGGCGAUCUCAGAGCGACGUGCCCUUCGCCUUUCUGCCUCCUCUGCCCCUGCCACCCGGCGCCGGAGUCAAGAUGGAGGUCCAGUGGGACCGCGGGUUCGACGGCGAAGAUUUGUUCAGCACCUACAUGAACUUGGAUGGCUUCGACAUGCUCACGGACGGCAGAGAGAACGAGGCGGAGAGCAACUCGUCGGGGGCGGCGCAGCGGGGCGCCGCCGGGGACCCUGCUCUGGUUACGGCGGCUUCCCGGCAUUGCAGGAGUCUCUCGAUGGACAGCUUCAUGAGGAAGUUCAACUUCGAGGAGGAGGAAUCAGCAAAGCUGCAGCCGCCUCGCGGAUCGCGAGCAAGAUCGAGCGCUAAGCUGGUCAAUUCUAUGGGCACGGAGCCUAGCACCUUCAGCUUGGAUUUUGGUAACGGCCAAUUUACGCCGCCCGAGAUGAAGAAAAUCAUGGAGAACGAAAAACUCGUGGAGCUGGCAAUGGCGGAUCCCAAACGUGUUAAAAGGAUACUAGCGAAUCGACAGUCAGCUGCGCGAUCCAAGGAGCGAAAAAUGCGAUACAUUGCAGAGUUAGAACACAAAGUGCAGCUGUUGCAGACAGAAACCACCGCUAUGUCAGCACAGUUCACGUUGUUGCAAAGAGACUCAGCUGGACUUGUAAAUCAGAACAAUGAGCUCAAGUUCCGACUUCAAGCGAUGGAGCAACAAGCACAACUUAGAGAUGCUUUAAAUGAGGCAUUGACUGCAGAAGUUCAACGACUGAAACUUGCUGCAAGUGGGCUUGUAGAUGCUCAUGAUUCAACCAACACCAACCAACAAACAUCACUUAACGCUCGAACAAUGGAUUGCAGACAAGAUCAAUGAUCCCAUCAAGGUGGAAGGUUGCUAUGUACAGGGCUUCAUCAGUUACUUAGUUGCGCGUUUCUUCCAAUCGAUUAUCUUGAUGUGCUCAUUUGUUCAAUUUAUCAAGAUUGACAUAUUCUUUUAAAUGUUGAAAAUUUGUAUUUUGGAUUGUUGUUGAUCAUAUAGACAUAUCAAAGUUUUCAAACUAGUAUGAGAUGGUUGGUUUGAGGAAUGCAUGUGCCAUGCAAAUUUGACAGUCAUUAA